UCCUUAGAAUUCGAAUUCAAAACAGAACAACCGAACGGUUUACUGUUAUAUACCGAUGAUGGGGGGACUUAUGAUUUCUUUGAAAUCAAAUUAGUUGAAGGUGCAUUACGAUUACGAUAUAAUUUAGGUGGAGGUGCACAAAUUAUUACCGUGGGACGUGACUUAAGUGAUGGACAUUGGCAUAAAGUAAGUGUUCAACGUCAAACUGAACAUACAUUACUAACUGUGGAUGGAAUUACCCAGAGCAAAACAUCACGUGGUAAAGAAUUUCAAUUUGGACGAUUUUUAACAAAUUCUGAUGUGUUUAUUGGUGGUAUGCCCGCGUUAUAUAAUAAUAAGUUAACAUUGUUAGCGUUACCGAGUGUAAUAUUUGAACCGCGUUUUGUUGGCUCUGUACGGAAUUUAGUUUAUGCGGAUCAAGAAUAUGGUGUACCACGGAGACAAGAAAUGCGACAUAAAGAAGGACGGGGUAGUACAACCGUUGAAGGUCAUCAAUCUACAGUUAGUAUGCGUGUCAAUGGUGGACCGGAUGCAUGCGAGGCACAUGAUCCAUGUUUACAUGGUGGAAUUUGUAUAUCAACCGAUAGUGGUCCAAUAUGUGAAUGUAGGAAUGUCGAAUAUGAGGGUACAUUCUGUGAAAAAGAUAAAGCACCAUCUGAAGCAGCAUUCCGUGGUACAGAAUUCCUCUCAUAUGACUUGAGCCAGACGGGUGGUGAACCUAUUGUAAGUGCUCAAGAUACCGUAUCGUUUUAUUUCAAGACUAGACAACCCAAUGGACUACUGUUUUAUACAGGGGAUGGAUCAGAUUAUUUAAAUCUGGCAAUAAAAGAUGGUGGUGUUAGUCUUACAAUGGGAUUAUCGAAUGGUAAACAAGAAAUGCAAAUCAAACCAAAUCGAGUACGAUUUGAUGACAAUCAAUGGCAUAAAGUCACUGUUCAUAGAAAAAUUCAAGAGAUAUCUCCCAUUACCAGCUUCUGUAGAUUAUCCGCUGUUGUUGAUGGCGUAUAUGCAGAUCAUUCACAUAUUGCUGGUAAAUUUACGAUGUUGUCAUCAAGUCGUGUUUAUGUGGGUGGUAGCAUAAACACACGUGCAUUACCUGGUUCACGUAUAAACAAAAAUUUUAUUGGAUGCUUAAGGAAAGUGGAAUUUGUUGCUGAUACAUUACGUUUAAAUUUAAUUGAUUUGGGUAAAGCCGGUAGUAAAUUAAUCACUAUUGCUGGAAAACUUGAUUUUAAAUGUCAGGAAGUGGAACUUGGUGAUCCGAUUACGUUUACAACAAGGGACGCACAUUUGGUAUUACCCGCAUGGAACGCAAAAAAAUCAGGGACUGUAUCAUUCAAAUUUCGUACAAAUGAACCCAAUGGUUUGAUUAUAUACAACAGUGGUAUCAGACCUCCUAGGUCGGAUUUAUUCGCUGUUGAAUUAUUGAAUGGCCAUAUCUACAUUCAUUUAGAUUUGGGUUCUGGUGGUGUUAAGGUACGAGGUUCUAGGAGGCGUGUUGAUGAUGGGGAAUGGCAUGAAUUCUCAUUACGACGUACAGGUCGUGAAGGUAGAAUUAUUGUUGAUAAUGUACCAGCGGAGUUUAUGACACCAGGGGACUCAAAUCAAUUAGAAUUAGAUGGAAGUAUGUACGUGGGUGGUACUGGAUCUCCUUUUACUUCGUUUCCAAUUCCACCUGCACUCUGGACAGGCGUUUUAAAGCAAGGUUUUGUGGGAUGCUUAAGAGAUUUAAAUAUUAAUGGGAAGCCAACUGAUUUGGCUUCGUAUGCAAAACAACAAGAUUCUGGCUCGGUUCGUACUUCAUGUCAUGUUCAUGGGUCACAAUGCACAAGUCGUCCAUGCCACAAUGGGGGUGUAUGUUCUGAAGGUUGGAAUCGCCAUAUUUGUGAUUGCACUGCAACAAAUUUUACGGGUCCUACAUGUGGAAAAGAAGCAGCAACACUACACUUUAAUGGGUCAAGUUAUUUUGUGGUUCGGUUACCAAAUGAAACACGAACACAAACUGAGGAAGUUGUGUUGCGUUUCCGCACUGCUCGUCCCUUAGCAUUUUUAAUGACAACGAGUUCCGAGGUGUCUGGUGAUCGAGUGGAACUAUCAGUGGCGGCGAGUCGUAUUAGACUAGCUGUACGAUUAGGAGGCCGUGAUAAAACGGUGUUGAUUGGCAGAAAUGUAAACGACAAUAAAUGGCACACAAUUCGUUAUUCAAGACGUGCAAGUAAUAUUAAACUACAAUUGGAUGGCGAAUCACCAGUUAGAGCAGAAACGAUUUUGGGUAAACAAAGUACAUUACAAUUUCGACAAAUUUAUUUGGGCGGGUUCGUCAACGAGGAAGAAGAGAAACGAAUGACAACACCUAUGCCCAAUUUAAUUGGAGCAUUACAACAAUUUUGGUUUAAUGGAGAGCCGUAUAUAGAAUUAGCCAAAGCUGCGGGACGAGAUCAGACAGUGGUAGCUGGAGCACCACAUAUUAAAUAUUCAGCUAAAUUUAUUCGCGCACAACAAGAGGUGCUGCACAGACCUUUUACAUUCAAAUCAAAGCAUACAUUCAUUGGUUUGCCGAUGAUCAAAGCCUACACAACAAUUAAUUUAGAUUUUAUGUUUCGUACAAAUGAGGCAAACGGUUUAAUAAUGUUUAACGGGGGUAAAAGGAAUGAUUUUUUGGCGGUCGAGUUAGUAGAUGGUCACAUUCAUUAUGCAUUUAAUUUUGAGGAAGGUUUAAUUCGUACCCAAGAUAAUAGUCCAAAACCUUUAAAUGAUAAUCGAUGGCAUUCAGUGAAUAUUCGACGUCCUUCGAGCAAACAACACACUUUGCUUGUUGAUGAUAUUUUAACUGUUACGGAAAGCCCUGGUAUCAAUGAACACAUUGACUUGGAUGGAAUUUUGUAUUUGGGUGGGGUGCAUAAAGAAAUGUAUCCGAUUUUAUCAAAGGAUAUGAUUGAAUCUAAACAUGGAUUUGAAGGUUGUUUAGCUGGUUUAGAUUUAAACGGAGAAUCUCCAAAUAUAUUAGAAGAUGCUGUCGUUCAUAGUUCACUGGUUUCGCCAGGAUGUGAAGCUGGACAACCGCAAAGAUGUAGUCAUAAUGUUUGUGCAAAUCGUGGGAUUUGUAUUCAACACGAACAUGGAUAUUCUUGUGACUGUGAUUUAACUUCAUAUACAGGACCGACAUGCUCUGAUGAAUCAGUGGCGUAUGAAUUUGGACCUAAUAAAGGUAUUAUUAAAUAUUCCUUCCCAACAGAUAAGCGGCCUGAUGUCAGUGAGCACACAGUAGCUCUCGGAUUUGUAACCACCCGUGCUGAUGCUAUUUUACUGCGAAUUUUAAGUUCAACAUCAAAAGAUUAUUUAGAAAUUGAAAUUGUUGAAGGAAAUAUUUUCAUAGUAUACAACCUUGGCAAUAAUGAUCAUCCUUUGGGUGAAAUUGGCGUAAAGGUUAACGAUAAUACAUAUCAUGUUGUACGAUUUAAACGAAUUGGAGCCAAUUCCACAUUACAAAUUGAUGACUACAAUGUGCAAGGAACCUGCCCAACGGGAGAGAAUUUAUUACAAGUGUUUAAUAGCCAAUCCAUGAUUGAAAUUGGAGGUAAAUGGAAUAAAGAGAAGAAACGAGUAGAAAGACCAUUUGCUGGUGUAAUUUCUGGUGUAGUUGUAAAUGGAAUGCGUAUUUUGGACUAUGCAGCUGAACAGAAUGAACAUAUUUCAAUGAUUGGAGAUGUACAAUUAGUAACAGGCAUACAGGACCGUAAUGACCAUUAUCAAAAAAUGCAACAAACUCCAUCAUCCAGUUUUUCGGACGUAAUGGAUGACUUGGUAUUUUCGGGAGCAGGAUCCGGAUUGGACUGUAACGCAGAUGAUGAAGACGAAUGUCCACCACCCAUAGACACUGGUUCCGGUGAUGACUUAGUUACGCCUGUAUAUGUUCCUCCCACAAGAUCCCCGACAACAACUCCUCGAAAUCAUGAAUCAAUUAAAGUAACAGGAAAACCGGGUAAACCAGGUGGUUGUAAUGACGAUGAUGAAGAUUGCGUCGAUGGAUCUGGUUCUGGAGAGCCUACUGAAGAAACUACACUUGGAACAGAAACUAUAGAUAAGACAUCAACUACUGCUAUUACAACACGUAUUACUGAUGGAAGCAGCACGACAGGCAUAGCCAUGUCAACCCCCCACUUCGGCACAUCUGGAGGAUCAACAGCAUAUGACCAUAGUGAUUUAACGACAACAACUCGUAUUACGGACACGUCUGUUAUAAUCCCUAGCGGAAGCGGAGGAAUGAAUUCAACGCAUCCAAUUUCAACCCACGAAACAGAUACAACAAUCUCAUUUGAUGUCUCCACAAAUGCAACAAGCGUAGGCGGUGGAAUAAGUAGCACAUUAACCACAGAACCAUCUUCAACAACUCUCUCCACAACACCAGAACCUCCACCAAUUAUUUAUAACCCUCCAUAUAUUGUAACAAUGCGUACACCACGCCGAAAUAAUGAGCGUAUUCAUUCUGAAACAGCAGAAAGUGUUGCUCUAAUUAUCGGUAUUGUUGCAGCGAUAUUAAUUGCAAUUGUAUUAAUCAUUAUAAUUGUAAUACGUUUUCGACCGGGUGGGGAAACUCGCUACAAAAUUGAUGAGAGCAAAGGUGGUUAUCAAGGACCUAAUGCAGCAUUGUUAGGUAAUGCGGGUAAUAGUAAUGGACAAACACAAUACCAAAUGAACGGUAGUGCUAAAAAUGGUACCGAUCGACAAAUGGGUGUCCCAUCAGAUCGACAGUUGAAAAAGAAACGCGACAGUAAAGACAUUAAAGAAUGGUACGUUUAAAACAUUCGCGCAUAUGCAUAAAGCGUUUAGUGAACAAUUUUUCGACAAUGGAUUUUUUUGUGGAAUGUAUAUUAUUGUCCGAGCCAAGUGAAAACAAAAAACGUUGUAACGAGUGUCUGUUAUAAAUGUGGAGGUGGGAAAAUAUUAAAUAAAAAAAAUAAAAACAAAAACGUUAAAUCCUACUGUUAAUUACUUAAUCUGCAAAUG